GCCAGAGUACAAACUACAAUGUUUGAUCCCCAAGGUGAACAGCCUGAAACAGAGGAUACCUUUGUCGUUCGAAUGAAGGCUGCAAGAGCGUGUGAUUUGUGUAGACGUAAGCGGCGCCGAUGUGAACCUCUUCCAAAACAGAACGUAUGCAAACAGUGUCUACAAGGAAAAACGGAAUGCACUUGGGUGCUACCCAUCUCUGAGACGCGUCAUAAACGGCGAGCACACAUUCAAAAUUCUCCGCCUGUUGACGACUCUGAUAGUCCAUGGAGCUCCAAACGGCCGCGUCAUCCUCUCAUGCGGCAAGAUUCUCCUGGUAUUCUUGGCGACAGUCUCUUUUCUAUGGCUUCUUCCAUAUCACCGCCAAAGCCUUCUUUUGGCUAUGCUCUCAGCGAAACAAAACUUCGAGGACCCACUACGAUAACCCAUAUGAUGCACUCGACUUCCACUUUUCCGACUGAAUUACUGGAGGCCCAUGACAAGAAACACCGUACUUAUACUGAGAUGCAGCAGCAUGCUGGGGACGCCAUAAUCCGAGUCGCAAGUCUAGAUCUCAACGAUAAAUUCCAUCCUUCUUCUCCGAGCCUCCGCGAAAUAGACUCUGUCUCUAGAUUACCUACACCGGUGUACAUGGAACCGACACUCAUAGACCGUCUUAUCCGGUUCUAUCUUGACGUUCAUGCCUCGACUUUUCCUGUCGUCUCUAAGGACGUCUUCAUAUCCUCCGUGCCGCUGUCUCCGGUGCUCGUGUAUGCCAUGGUCGGGAUAUCUGCGAUGACACUUUCUUCGCAUGCGCCUAAAGGCACUCUUGAAGCGGUUCAAACGAACAUGUCUGCUCUUCGGCGGACGGAGGUACUUUCUCCAUUAUCCAAUCUCUCUCGCUUGCCAGCUCAAUCAGAGAAGGAUUUUCUCAGCAGGUGUACGUUGCACGAGCUCCAGGGCCAUCUCCUGUUCGCCUUAACAAUGGAGAUGGAGCAGGGUAGUGUUGGUUCAGCUGUAUGGAACUCGCUGGGCUUAGCAAUCAGACAAGCCCAAGAUCUAGGCCUGCAUCGCGAAACCGUAUCAGAUGACGCAGGCGACCAUGUAGAGACCCGACGAAAUGUUUGGGGAGGUCUCAUUGUUGCUGACCGCUGGGUAUCCGCUUUUUAUGGUCUUCCGAUGAUGAUAGAUUUGAGUGACUGCGACAGAAUCUUCCCGAAGGACGAAGGUUUCAAGGCGCUCAUAGAGCUGUCAAUCCUCCUGGGACGUGUAGUCAAGAUGUGCUAUACACCGACAGGCGUUAUCAAUGUGAAGGAUGAACAAGCCCAGGAUCUGGCGAACGAAAUCCAGAGCUGGUUAUUUGCUCUGCCGCCGACUUUAUCUUGUGUCAAUCAUCCCCCGGAGCACGCCCCGAUAUCUGCAGGAUUAUUGAACCUCUGCUACGUUGCUGUUCAGUUCUUCUUUGUUCGUCCGUUCAUGCGAUUGAGCCAUACAGCAGAUACCCUCAGCUUUGCAAUCACUGUCGCUGACUGGCAGGCUCUUGCAGCUCGAGCAAGAUAUGGUAUUCUCUGGAGCGAACAUCACCUUGACCAACUUCAGACCUGGAGCUUUUCGCUCUAUUGCUUAUUCAUCUGCUGCCUGAUUUUGUACCACACUUACUACCGGUCGCGGCGCCCGGACGUUCUCGCUGCGAUCCUCAAAGGCAAAGAUAUCAUGGAUAGAAUCCAUCAUCCGGCCUGUCAUGCUAGGUCAAAGAUAGCCGAAGUUAUUAACCUGCUGAGCGAAGCAGCUACUAAUCCUCGUGAAGAUGCUGCCAAGAAGCGAACUAGCAUCAACCCUACCCGAGGGGUUCGGCUACGGAAACGUGAACCUAAUCUGCGUUGGAAAGCCGAUACCAAUUCCUUUGCAGGUGACCCUGACGUUGAAGACGGCGAGAGGCCUGUUCCUUCACAUUUAGUUGCAUCGCCUGCUGCCGAUACCCCGAGUACUCCGAUCUAUUCUGGAGAUCCUCAGUCUUACCCCGUUCAAAUAAAUGUCAACCCCUUGAUGCAUGGACUCGCAGCAGCCACAAAUCUGUACGAGCCAGAGUUAACCUUUCCAGACAGUACCACGGAUUCUUCGCAACAGUCUCAGAAGUCAACAGAUUUCGAUUCUUGGGAAACAUUGAUGAACGGAGGCGAUUGUCCUAGCGUUUGAGUCCCAUCGCAUUCGUUGUAUAUAUACGCCUUUCGUUCCUCAUAGCAUCCAUCUUGUACAGUAUUGUUGUUGGUGGCUGAACUAAUUUUUAUCGUUCAUAGAUGAGCGUUUCGUCUCGUACAACAAAGGACCGUAAACAUCAAUAGACGGAGGGCAAUAAACCACAGGUCAUCUUCCGAUUUUGUGAGAGUAGUGCAUGGUCACGGUCUUCUACUUCUGGCUCUCCGAGACUUAGGGAGUGUACCAAGGUG